AUGCCUCUCGUCGUUCCCGGUAUCAACAACGAGUCCUCCGGUGACAAGACCGAGGAAUGGACCAACAAGUUGGUCGGAAAGAAAUUGCACGAGGAGGAGUCCAACGAGACGACAUUCUGCAAGAGAGACCUCCCCGAGAAGACGCGUGUCAUCGAGCCCGGCAUGAUGGUCACCAAGGACUUCGUACCGAACAGGCUGAACGUGCACGUCAAGGAGGACGGCACCGUCUCUCACGUCAAUCACGGCUGA